CACUGCCUUGGAUCCCGCAUGCCGGCGUUGACCACGGGGUCUGGGGCCCCAGAGUGCCGAGAGCUGUGACGAGUCAAGCCCAUCUGGAGAAGGUGUUUUUUUCUUUCUCGUCCGGCCUCCAACUUGUCAUCGGAGACCUAUGGUAGCCUCCUGUUGGGUUCCUCGCUGGGCACUGAUUUUGUUAUGCGCCUAUAAAGACUUCCCUUCGUUUCGGCCCACCUCUGCCUCGUGGUAUCCUCGUCCUAAACCAGGAGCUCGCUCGACUCAACCACUCUCACAACGAUUCAUCCUCCAAGAUGGGCCGGAACAACAAGGCCGGCAAGACCGGGGCGGAGCUAGCGGUCGGCGCCGAACUCGCAGCGGUUCUUCCGGCGAAUACAAAGCCGUGGUACCGCACCCGGCACCUUCUCUUGCUUAACCUGGCGCUUCUGGUGCCCCUGCUCUCGGCAGCAACAAUUGGCUUCGAUGGCUCCAUGAUGAACGGACUCCAGACGCUGAGUCAAUGGCGGGACUACUUUGGCCAGCCUUCCGGCGCCGUCCUCGGAGCCAUGAACGCCAUCUUUCCCGUGGGCAAGCUUCUCGCCGUCGUGCCGGUGGCCUGGCUCACCGACCGCUACGGCCGCAAGCCACCCAUCUGGAUCGGGCUCGUGGGGCUGGUGGCAGCGACAGCAGUCCAAGCCUCGAGCCAGACAGUGGGCCAGUUCAUUGCCGCCCGAUUCUUCCUGGGCUUCUUCACUGCAUUUGUGGGCCAGCCGUCGCCUAUCCUGAUCGCUGAGUUAUCAUACCCAACGCACCGCGCAAAGAUGACGGCUUUGUACCAGACCUUCUUCUACUGUGGCUCCGUCCUCGCCGCCUGGUCGACAUACGGCAGCUUCCGCAUCCCUUCAACCUGGAGCUGGCGAAUCCCUUCGCUCCUCCAGGGCGCCAUCCCGGUGCUUCAGCUACUCGGCAUCUUCUUCGUUCCCGAGUCUCCUCGGUGGCUGUUAGCCAACGGCAAGGCCGCGGAAGCCCGAAAGAUCCUCACCAAGUGGCACGCCGCCGGCAACGACGAUGCAUCCGCGCUUGUCGAGUACGAGAUGGACCAAAUUUCGACAACGGUCGAGCAAGAGCGGGAAGCGCGCGCCACCACGUCGUACCUCGACCUCGUCCGCACGCGGCCCAACCAGCACCGCACGCUGAUCGCCUUCAUCGUCGGCUUCUUCGCGCAGUGGAACGGCGCGUCGGUCGUGUCGUACUACCUGACGCUCGUGCUCAACAGCAUCGGCAUCACCAAGACGUCUGACCAGGCCCUGAUUAACGGCCUGCUGCAGGUGUGGAACUGGCUGGCCGCCGUGCUGGCCGGUGCGCUCAUGGUCGACCGCCUGGGCCGUCGCACGCUGUUCCUGGCUUCGGUGGCCGGCAUGUUUGUCAGUUAUGUCGUCUGGACGGUGCUGACGGCAAGGUUCGUAGCGACGCUGGACCAGGCCAUGGGCAACGCCGUCGUGGCUUUCAUCUUCAUCUACUACUUCUUCUACGACAUCGCCUGGUCGCCCCUGCUCAUUGCCUAUCCGGUCGAGAUCUUCGAGUACGGCCUCCGUGCCCGCGGCGUAGCCGUCACAUACGGCUCCACCUUUGCCGGUCUCAUCAUCGGGCAAUUUGUCAAUCCCAUAGCCAUGGGCAAGAUUGGCUGGCGCUACUACAUUGUGUUUGACUCGAUCCUGGCCAUGCUCUUUGUGGUCAUUUGGUUCCUCUUCCCAGAGACCAAGGGUCGCUCGCUGGAAGAGAUUGCCGAGGUCUUUGACGGCAAGAGUCGAAGGGUCGCCGAUGUGGAGGCAGAGCGAAAAAAGGAACAUGACAGCGUUUCUGUGCAGGUCGAGCAUCCAAAGGCAGAGGCAGAGAAGCUAUAAAUAUCUCUGCCAUUUGUACGCAGACAUAGCCAGAUGCCAUCCAUCUUACGCAGCACUGUGAUGGGUUGCGAGUUGAUAG